AUGGAAGUAAACACUACUGUUCUCAAUACCGAAAUCUUCGAGAGUCGUGACAGGAGGCUCGCUUUAGAGUUUCUUAAGCCUCGCAGCGCAUUUACUAUCAUACUCAUUCUUUGGCUUCUAGAUAUCAUUUACAAAUGUACGUUCCAUCCGCUAGCAAAGGUCCCCGGUCCUUUCCUGGCGAGAUUCAGUCAGGCCUGGAGAAACAUCAGGUAUUUCAGGGGCACUUGGCACGACGACGUGGUUGCCCUUCACAGAGAAUACGGGCGCAUAGUUCGAGUCGCCCCAAAUGAAGUCAGUGUUGUGGACACUGCUGCUUUGAAACAUCUGUACGGUCACGGAACGAAGGCUUUGAAGACUCAUUGGUACGAUACUUGGAAGAUUCCUAACAUGACCGAAAGCUUCUUUUCAUCUACCGACGUCAAGAUCCAUCGACAUCUUCGCUCCCGAGUCUCCAGUGCUUAUUCGAUGACAUCCGUUCUCGCAAUGGAGCCAUUCAUUCAGCAAGUUGCCGACGAAUGUUGGCGCAAGUUCAGCGAAUUCGCGGAUACUAAUCAGCCAGUGCCUAUGCACCAGUGGGGAAACUACUUCGCCUUUGACGUGGUAGGAACCUUAGCAAUGGGCGGUAAGAUAGGUUUCAUUGAGCAAGGCCGAGACGUGGACGGUAUUAUACGAUCCAUCCAUGACGGGUUCUAUACCAUGGCAAACAUGGGUAACAUGCCUCUACAGAUGUUCUGGUUCAACAACAAGGUUGCACAGUUCGUAAUUAAGAGAUUUGGGGGAAAACGAUUCAACGCAUUUUCGGUCUUCCUCGAGUGGUUGGAAAAAAGAGUCGAAGAUCGACUGCAAAACGGACUUCAAGGCAAGAGGCGAGACAUGCUUCAGCACUUUAUAGAGGCCAAGGAUAUGAGUGGGCGGCCGGUGAAGAAGGGAGACAUCAUGAUUGAAGGGGUCAAUAUCCUUGGGGCUGGGGCCGACACAACUACUAUCGGAAUUCUGGCAAUCAUUGGAGCCCUUUUGCAGCACCCAAAGCAGCUUGAGCGUCUGCAGAAGGAAAUUGAUGAGGCGUAUGAGUCUCUGGGUCUUGGUGGAACUGAUGAAAUCAGUUUCAAAGAUGCCGAGAAGUUGCCAUUCCUCUCUGCUGUAAUCAAGGAGAGCACGCGAUUGCACCCUUCCAUUCAGUACCAACUACCCCGGUACGUACCUCGAGGAGGUAGUCAAGUUGGACCGCAUCGUCUGCCUGAGGGUAGUAUUUGUGGCAUCAGUCCUGCUGCGAUGAACAGAUCCAAAGAGAUCUUUGGAGAAGACGCUGAAGAUUGGAGUCCCGACCGGUGGAUAGCAAGGAACGAGGAUGAAGAGAACACAAUAAAGGAGCGCAACGCACUCCUGACCACGUUUGGAAUGGGCAGUCGCGUGUGUAUCGGAAAGAAUCUUGCGAUGGUGGAAAUGUACAAAUUCACCGCCCAAUUCUUCAGACACUUCGACGCCGAGCUUGUCGACAAGUCAAGACCAUGGGUGAUCAAGACCCAGUGGUUUGCUUUUCAGCACGAUUUUUGGGUCAACCUUCGGCGAAGGGAGCACAAGAGGCUUAGAUGCAAUGGGAAAGACGGCCUCGCAGAUUCCAUCAAGCAGCUAAGUAAGGAGCUGGGUGAGUCUGAACCGGCGCAGCAAGUAGGUUGGAGUUCAGAACAGCAAGCUCCCAUGGAUGUCUUGAAGCGACACUGGAGAACGUGUAAGUUUCGACAAGAACAAGAUGAGCAAAUACCAUGGCUACCGCCGAAGACGAGGGGCAAGAAGAGGAAGGCUUGUGAUCGUUGCGUGCGCCUUAAGAGGGCUUGCUCAUCAGGAUACUGGUGCGGCAGCUGUAAGGAGCAUAACUAUGUCUGCACUUUCAAUGGUGUGGCGCAGAAACAAGUGCACAAUGGCAGUGAUGACGCCGGACCUGUGUCCCUGGAGGACCAGUCUUCACUGCAGGAACGCGAGCUAGCAAGUAUGCAAGCUAGUGCUGAACAAAUCGAUCACAGUAAUAUUAUCAUUCCAGGGUUUGACACGGCCUUUGACUUAGAAUUGCUUCGAAAAGACGAGGGUCAUGAAAAUUUUGAUACAUCUUGGCUAUUUGAAACGGAGGAAAAAAACGGCAGUCCGCUUCUACUCAACCAUACACCUUUGCGAGAGGCCACAGAGUUUUGGUUGGAUAUCCCUUCUGAUCGGGACAUAGGCUCUAUCAGCAAUUUCCCCUUUCUUAGUAAAUUCACCACAGAGGGCGGGUUUUUGGAAUCCUUUGAUUGCGGAUCGCUCAUUCAAAGACAGAAAAUCGCUGAACAAAGCUUUGAGAACUUUCUGUCGAUGCAAAAGCCACAUUUGCACGACGAAGGAAUUGGUUUUGGCUCGUCUGCAUCAGUUCAUGGUAGCUCUUCAUACGUCGAUACCGCCGGCGGAAACAACCCGUCUAUUCUCUUCGUCUCGAACCAACUUCGGUGGCAUUUCGACACAUGCACACUUGAGUCGGGCUUAUUCUCUCAGUCUGAACUAGAUGCAACUCGAGUCAAUUUGGAUCCGAGUCCUUCCUACAGCUUUCUCAGUAGUGGAUCACUGCAGCUAUUACUGAAUGAUGAUGAACUCUCGCCCAAGACGUACGAGAUCGUUAAGGAGAUAAAAUUCAUUACAUGCAACAAGCCGAGGGGAAGCAAGAUAACUAUCAGUUGGUCACCCAAGCUGGAGCAUAUGUGUUUUGAUUUCUUUUCACCAGACAAUCUACGGAGGUUUCUAAAUUUUUUCUGGUGUUGCUGGUAUCCGAAUUGCCCCAUCAUCCAUCGGCCGACCUUUGUCGCAUCGAGCACUUGCCAUAUGCUUCUUUUAUCAAUGGUCCUCAUAGGGGCUUGUAUGUCUCCUGAUGAAGGCGAUCAUGCUAAUGCGAACCUCUGGUUCAAUAGUGUGGAGGAAAUGAUCUUUAGUUGCGAUGACCUCUAUGAUAUUGACUCGGACGACCCUGCUCUGGAUUCUGCUAGAAGGAGAAGAGGUCUAGAGAUUUUGCAGGCGGCCUACUUCGUCUGUCUACUUCAGAACUGGGAGGGCUCCGAGGAAAGCAAACGCCGAAUACGACGACAUCGAUAUACCACGUUGAUUGCAUUUGCCAGGGAUUAUGGCUUCUCGAAUGCCACAUUACAAAAUCUUCAUAUUGAGGAUAUCUCCACAUUUCAAUGGGGCGAUUUUGUGAGAAAGGAGUCAUUAAUAAGAACAUUCACUUUUAUAUUUUUACUUGAUACAGCCUUUGCCAUCUUCAAUAGCUUGCCUCCCAGACUAGUGGUACGCGAGUUGAAGAUGGAUCUCGCUUGCCCGGAGCCUUGCUUUCAAGCGUGUUCAUUCGAGGAGUGCUUUGUCCAGUUGCGUGCUUGGACUUCUCCCCAAACACACCGACAAAUGCUCGACGUAUCUUCAGCUGUUGAGCUCAUGUGUCAUCCCCAAAUAUCCCGCCAAUGUCAAGUCAGACUGAACUCGCUCAGCACCCUCAAUAUGUUCACCUUGGUAACAGCACUUCAUUCGCUGGCCUUCAGUAUCCAAAAUUCUCUCAUCUCUGACUCUGAGAUGUCGCCUCUUCACUCAGGUAUCGAAAAUUGGAAGCAAUUGUGGGUUACAGGCAAUCUUAGGGAGAUGCCAGAAAUUGACGAGCAAGAUUUGCUGGCGACGAUGUGGAAGCGUGUCGGAUUCUUCCAGCAUGCAUUGGAGUUUUGGCUCCUGGUCAAAGCAACGGUGGGUCAGAUGCACAGCUUGCGACCUAAUCAGAGCUGCACAUAUGUCGUUGAUAAUAGCUUAGGAGAUGGAGCACGCAGCGUGAGAUCAAUGAAGUAUGACGCGGACAUGAGUCAGGUCCACGCAAUCAUCACAGCGUUGCAAAACUUCAAUCUGUCGGAACUGUGA